AUGGUAGCAUUCGCUGUGAUCGUCUUAUACAUCUUAAUCCCAUUUGCACUGGCUAUCGACAAUAUCAACGGCUUUCCUUGUGAAAUAUAUGACGAGACCGAGAAGCAACUCAAACAAGCGCAUAUCAUCGAGCUCCACGAACUGCGUCUUAAGACCUUUUUCACCUUCAACAGCCAAGUGCACGAGCAGAAUAAGGGAACACUUAUGGGUUUCCCUCUGUCUGCACUUAUUGCCGAAGCAGUUCUGCAGAGGCUUUAA